CCCAAGCAGGGGCCAAAACCCCAUGGCCGAAAACAGCCUCAAGGCAAAGCAAAAGCAAGAGCAAGAGCAAGCGCGGGUCAGUGCAUCGUCUUCAUCAGCUGAUGCCCAAGAAUCAAUGGAGACCGAAACGCACAAACAACGCAAACAAAAAGAAGAAGAAGAUGAAGUCUUCUCCCAUGCGAUGGAACUGGCGUGCGGGUCAGCGCUGCCCAUGGCUAUGCACGCAGCCAUCGAGCUCGGCGUUUUCGACAUCUUGGCAAAUGCGGGCCCUGGUGCCAAGCUCUCCGCUGCGGAGAUCGCGGCUCAGAUGCCCUCCAAGAACCCCGACGCACCCGCCAUGCUGGACCGCAUCUGCGGCCUACUGGUUCACCACUGCGUGCUUGGUUGCUCUGUGCAUACUUUCCAUAGGUCCUACUGUUUGGGUCCGGUGUCCAAACACUUCGUGCGCAAUCAAGAUGGGGUUUCCUUGGCGCCCUUGAUGGCCUUGAUUCAUGACAAGGUUUACUUGGAUAGUUGGUCUCAAGUGAAGGAUGCAGUUCUUGAAGGCGGAGUUCCAUUUAACAGGGUCCAUGGAAUGCACGGCUAUGAAUACGCUAGCAGGGACCCUAGGUUCAGUCAAGUUUUCAACACAGCGAUGUUCAACCACACUACCUUACUCGUUAAGAAGAUGCUCGAGUCCUAUGAUGGUUUUGAGAAUCUCAAGCAGAUCGUUGACGUUGGUGGUGGAAUAGGAGUGGCCCUUAGCUUAAUCAUUUCAAAAUACCCCAAAAUUAAGGGCAUUAAUUUCGACAUGCCUCAUGUUAUACAACAUGCCCCACCCUAUCCGGGUGUAAAACAUGUAGCUGGAGAUAUGUUCGAAAGUGUUCCAAAAGGAGAUGCCAUAAUUUUGAAGUGGAUACUCAAUGAUUGGGGCGACGAUGACUGCGUGAAGAUAUUGAAGAACUGCUAUAGCGCUCUUCCAUAUGGUGGAAAGGUUCUUGCUAUGGUGCAAGUUCUUCCAAUUUAUCCAGAGAUUACCACUUAUGCAAAGGUUAAAUCCCUACUUGAUAUGCAUAUGAUGAUUCAAAAACCGGGAGGAAGGGAGCGACAGCAACAUGAAUUAUUUGGAUUGAUAUAUGCAGCUGGAUUUAAGAGCAUUGGUUUCAAUUGUCAAGUCUAUAAUACGUUUAUUAUGGAGUUCAACAAGAAUGGUAUCAUAUGAUGAACACCCAUAUAGUAGUAAGGUGGUGUAGGGAAUAUACUUACACACUCUAGUAGCUCUUUUGCCUAAUUACUGAGAUAAGGCAGCCAAUGCAGCUUCUGGUGGCAUUGUAAUAUCAGUAUGCAGUUUCUGAAGGAUUCCUCUUGUUUUUCAAAUGGAAGUUGUGUUUAAUUACGACUAAAUAUUACAUGGGCUGGUUGAAUUCUUUGCCAAGUUCAAUUCGGCUUUCACA